AGCAACACUCACAUCUGAAACGCCAUCCUUCUCGGACAACCAUGGACUCCAAAACGACAGUUUCUCUUCUCCUCCUGCUGCUUCUGGGCCUGUGCAACGCUCACGACGGCAAUGAUCAUGGGGCUGAUUUAGACAUGUCAGUGUCUGGGUCUGAUGAGGACAUCACUGCAACUAUUCUCAGAAUGAACAAUGGCUCUAGUGAUUUUCUGAUGGAAGGAGAUGUGUUGAUUCCAAGAACCAGGAACGCCAUGAAGUGUUUCGCCAAACCGUACUCCUGUCUGUGGCCAAAGUCUGCCCGCGGAUUUGUGGAAGUCCCUUUCAUUCUCAGCCAAAAAUAUGACUACACCGAGAGGAGAGAGAUCUUGGCUGCCUUGAAGGAAUUUGAAGCAAAUACCUGCAUUCGCCCAAUUCCACGUGCGAAUCAGAGGGCCUACCUAAGUAUUGAACCAAGAUCCGGCUGCUCCUCUUUAUUGGGUUACAUUGGAGACAAGCAGGUGCUGUCGCUGCAGCGGUACGGCUGCAUAAACCGCGGCAUCAUCCAGCACGAGGUGCUGCACGCCCUCGGGUUCUACCACGAACACACUCGGAGCGACCGCGACCAGUACGUCAGAAUCAACUGGAAAAACAUCAACAAACAUUUUGUAAACAACUUCAAAAAGAUGGACACGGACAAUCUCAACACUCCAUAUGACUACUCCUCAGUAAUGCACUAUGGAAGAACUGCCUUCGGAACUCGCCAAGCGGAAACCAUUACUCCUAUCCGUGACCCCUCUGCUCCCAUCGGCCAGAGAAAAGGUUUCUCCAGCAUUGACAUUCUCAGGAUCAACAAGCUCUACAAGUGCUGGCAUUACUUCAACUGAGGUUUCACCAAAAGAUGUUUUGAUUCUGACGAUGGUCACAUUAAUGUCACAGUGUGAAGAAAAAUAAAUAAAAGUUGUGACUUGAA